AUGUCAACUUACGCUCGUCAAAACCAAACCUUCACUCUGCCAGAUGGCCGCCAGCUAGGCUACACUGAGUAUGGCGACCGCAAUGGGACACCACUUCUCUAUUUCCACGGCUACCCAUCAUGCCGCCUCGGAGCCUACGCAAUCGACGACAUAGCCCGAAGGCAGCACACCCGCUUAUUAGCACUGGACCGACCCGGCUUCGGUUUGUCCACACCGCAGCCCAAACGAAGCAUCGCGGAUUGGCCUGCCGACGCCUCGGCUUUCGCAAAGAGUAUGCAGCUAUCACGCUUUGCAGUGCUUGGAGCCUCGGGCGUUGCUGGUGCACAUACAACUCGAUAUACAGACGGGUGGCCCGAACGAUGGCGAUAUACUGGCCGUCUCAGAAUACUCGAUGUCCUGGUGCGCGUUUCGACGUGGGUGGUGCAUUCGGGGCCAGUGUCGAGGCGGAUUGAUCCCUGGUUGGAACAAGAAGACACAAAUAAGGAGGACGGCCAUCAGGAUGCGAACAAAACUUCGACCAUGAUAUACCCAAGAAAACAACAGCAGAGCGUAGACUCGAACUGGUAA